AUGUCAUUGAAAAGAGUGCUGAUUGUUAAUAAAACGUUUCCCGCCGCAGGAAUCGAAAUGUUGAAACAAGAGUUGGAACCCGUCGUUUUACCUGUUCUGGAAUACGAGCCUGACUGUAUAACAAAAAUAAAAAACUCCAUAACACAGGGAUAUGAUGGCUUAAUUUGGAACACGAAACAUCGUUUAACGGGCGAAAUAUUGGAUUUAGCAGGACCUCGGCUUAAAGCUGUAACUACGACUGCAUCAGGUAUAGAUCACAUAGACACGGUCGAACUGAAGAAACGCGGUCUGGUUCUGGGGAACACCCUGCAGGUGUUGGACAAUGCUGUGGCCGACAUCGCGGUAGGACUCCUGAUCUGUGCCGCGAGAAGAUAUAAAGAAGGAGUUCGGGAGUUAGAAUCGGGCGAAUGGAAAUAUGGUGUGCAAUGGAGGCUCGGGCAGGACAUUGCGCACAGCACGGUGGGCGUGGUGGGGCUCGGCGGGAUUGGACAGGCGAUCAUUAAGAGAUUAAAAGGCUUUGACGUUGCCAAGUUUAUUUACAGCGGACGUACUGAUAAACCUGAAGCAAAAUCUUUGGGCGCAGAACGAGUACCACUAGAGACAUUACUAAAAGAAAGUGAUUUCGUCAUCCUCUGUUGUCCUUUAACAAAAGAUACCAAACAUUUAAUCAAUAAUGAAACUCUGAAAAUGAUGAAGAAAACGUCCGUCCUCGUUAACAUUGGGAGAGGAGACUUAAUAGACCAACGUGCACUUUACAACGCUCUAAAAGAAGGUCAAAUAUUCUCAGCUGGCCUCGACGUCACUACGCCGGAACCAAUCUCUAAAGAUGAUCCUAUUGUAGACUUGCCUAAUUGUUAUAUAAUACCACAUUUGGGCAGCGCUACAUACCAAACAAGAAACGCCAUGGCGAGAUUAUCCGCUGAAAACAUUUUACUGGCUUUAAAUGGAAAACGUAUGAAAUGCCCGAUCGACUUA